AUGAGAUCUCACCAACUCUGGGUGACAACCCUUGCCCUGACAGGGGCGGUCCAAGCCACCACAUUGCAAGAUGUGUGCACGGUUUCCUUCGCUCGAAACUCAUUGCCGGCCGACAGCGUAUACGCUGGAGUUUCAAUCGACAGGUCUUCGCUGACUGCAGUGGCAGCCUACAACGUGUCGAGCACAGACCAAGUCUAUUGGCCGGACGCCACGUUCGACUACUGCAAUGUGACCUUUGCCUAUUCCCACUUGGGGCGGGAUGACCGGGUGGUAGUUAGCUACUGGAUGCCCGCUCCGUCGAAGUUUGCCAACCGUUACCUGUCGACUGGUGGUAGUGGCUAUGACAUCACAUUGGGAAGCACUUCCUUACCCGGGGGUGUCAUGUACGGUGCUGUGGCGGGCACAACCGACGGCGGAUUUGGCGGAUUUGAGAACGGCUCGGAUGAUGUGUGGCUUCUAGCCAAUGGCACCCUCAACUACGAAACGGUCUACAUGUUUGGUUACCAAGCUAUUCAUGAGCUGACUGUCAUCGGGAAGGAGCUUACCAAGAGGUUCUUCAAUACCUCCUCCAUCUACUCUUAUUACCAGGGUUGCUCCGAGGGUGGUCGUGAUGGCUUCAGUCAGAUCCAGCGGUUUGCAGAGGACUUCGACGGGGCAGUGACUGGUGCCCCUGGCUUCCGAUUCACCUUCCAACAAAUGCAGCACCUUUGGUCACCCGUUGUUGAGCAAACCUUGGACUACUAUCCCCCUCCAUGUGAGCUUGAGAAGAUUGUGAACGAGACCAUCAAAGCUUGUGAUGCCCUUGACGGCAAGGAGGAUGGUGUUGUUUCGCGAACGGACCUCUGCAAGCUUCACUUCGACGCUAACAGCACAAUCGGCGAACCGUACAGUUGUGGAGCUUCCUCUUUGACGACCUACAAGAGAAGAAAGCGAUCGGAGACAUAUGAGCUCCCGGCUCAGAAUGGCACUGUUUCCGCCAAAGGGGACCAAGUCUACUUCUCCUACCAGCCAAGUGCGGCUUUCUCCGACGCGGAGACCCACUACGACUACGAUACCGGCUCUUGGACCCUCGAUAUUACCGAAUCGAAUAGUGAAUGGGUGGAGAAAUACAUUAAUCUCCUCAACGCCACUGAAAUGCCUACGCUUCAGAACGUUACUUAUGACAAUCUGAAGGAAUGGGUCCGGAUUGGUUGGCAGAAAUACGACGACACUCUCCAGGCAACUUACCCCGAUCUGUCCCCCUACUCCGAAGCGGGGGGUAAGGUGCUUCACUACCAUGGUGAAUCGGAUUAUACCGUUCCCACCGCAUCAUCUGUGCAUUACUAUGAGUCUGUUCGUCGUAUUAUGUACCCUGACAUGUCAACAAAUGCAAGCUACGCCGCUUUGGGUGAUUGGUAUCGCCUUUUCCUCGUUCCCGGCGCGGCACACUGUGGCCCGGAUGAUUCCCAGCCAAAUGGACCUUGGCCACAGAAGACGCUGGAGACUAUGAUCAGGUGGGUUGAGGAUGGAGUUUUCCCUGAAAUGCUGAACGCAACGGUUCUGCAGGGGGAGCAUGAGGGAGAAGAGCAGAAGCUCUGCGCAUGGCCUCUUCGACCUCUGUGGACAAACAAUGGCACCAGUAUGGAGUGCGUGAAUGAUCCGGAGGGCUUGAAGACUUGGGUCUAUGACUUGAAUGCUUUCAAGAUGCCGGUAUACUAG